AAAACCCACAGACAGCCAACAGUUUUGAACCUCACCCAACUCCAAGUUGACGACAUCUUCUUAUAUAAUAAACACACUUUCCUUCUCUUUCUCCCAACACAAACAAGCAACAAACCUUAGCCUUCACAAACUUUCUCUAUAACCUUGCCUAUCCUUGAUUCUUAACCCUCCGAUCAAACUACUUACCCCCCCCCUGUCAAUCAAUGGCUGAUGAAAUGGGAGCAGCAGAAGAACGCAAGAUCCUGGUAGCUGUUGACGAGAGUGAAGAGAGCAUGCACGCUCUUUCAUGGUGUCUCAAGAAUGUCCUGGUUUCUAACAAUCCUUCCAAAGAUACACUAAUUCUUCUUUAUGUAAAGCCUCCUAGAGUUGUCUACUCUUCUCUUGAUGGCACAGGAUAUUUGCUUUCUUCUGAUAUCAUGGCAACUAUGCAGAAGUAUAGCAAUGAUAUUGCUGAUUGUGUUAUAGAGAAGGCCAAAAGGAUGUGUAGAGAACAAGUUCAAGAUGUCAAGGUGGAGACAAUAAUUGAGCAUGGUGAUGCAAGGGAUCUCAUUUGCCAGGCAGCAGAGAAAUUGCAUGCUGACAUGCUGGUCAUGGGCAGCCAUGGCUAUGGUCUUAUCAAGAGGGCAUUUCUUGGAAGCGUGAGCAACCACUGUGCACAGAAUGUGAAGUGCCCUGUUCUGAUCGUGAAGAGGCCCAAAUCAAAUUCUGGAAGCAAAUGAGUAAAAUAGAUAUAUAAAUAGAGAGAUCUUCUUGUUAAUGUGUGAUUUUGAACAUCUCUGUGUGUCCUUUCCUAUGUAUCCUAUUAAGGAUGUGUAACCUUUGUAUUUGUACAUAAUUCCAAGGACUCCAUUCCUUGUCUCUUCUCCUUUAUUUGGCUGAGCAAGCCUUUGUUUCUGAGUGAGACUGGUUGAAAAAUGUAAGGGAUUUUGCAUCACUUGGACA